CCAGGUUAUUUUUUGGACAUAAAAACAUUAUGGCUAAUACCACUGGGAAACCCGAACUAUUAACUUUGUGUCAUUUGUGUCCUAACGUAUUCGAUAUGACAUUGUGGCUAAUACCACUGGGAAACCCGAACUAUUAACUUUGUGUCAUUUGUGUCCUAACGUAUUCGAUAUGACAUUUGUGUCCUAAGCUAUUUUUUCGUUAGAGUUAACUAGCGUUGACUGUUAGUUUUUAACAGAAAGUCUAGUUAGCGCUUAUGUGGCAUCUGAUGUGGAACUUUUAUUAUUAUUUAUUUAUUUUUCCUAUUGCUUAUAAAAUAAUUAAAAAUGAACACAAUUGGGAAAUUGAAAGCCACUGCCUCCGCCACCACCAAAAUCCUCCUCCUCUGCGAUAAGUCCUCUCCUCUUCUUCUCGAGCCGCCAGGAACUCCGGUCAGCUCUCCCCUUCGCUGCCUCCCCACCUCCGCUCCCACCCAUCGCCAAAUACUAUUGACCGAAGGCCAAAUUGACGCCUCCACAAAUCUGAUUCUCUCCACGCAUCCAAAAUCGACUAGGAAUGGCAAUGGGGCAGGUCCGGGGCGGGUUUCUUGGUACCCAGACCCGCCCCGUGGUAGGUCGGGUCUAGGUCGGGUAAUUUAUCACGGGUCACGGGUCGGGGCAGGUCGACCCAAUGAGUAUGCAAUUUAUAUGAAAAAUAUUAGAAAUAUUCGUUGUUUUUAUUAUAAGACCAAGGAAACAAACAAUAUUAUGAGAAAUAUAGUUAAAUUAUUGGAGAAAUUGAGGUUUUCACUAAUUUACGUCUUUAUUGUAGCUAAGAUUUGAUGUAAUAAAAGAGAAAUCCUAGUACUUUGACUAAAAUUACGUGUAAUUUAGGCAAGAACGGGUCGAGAAUAGGUCGGGUCAGGACAGGUCGGGUCGAUGAGAGUACCCAUGCCCGCCCCAUCCCGCCUACGGGGCGGGUCAGACCCGCCCAAAACAGGUCAAACAGGUCGGGUAAAACGGGUCAGGUCAAAAUUGCCAUCCCUAAAAUCGACGCCUCCACUGAUCUUAUCCUCUCCUCGCAUCCCUAAUCGAUUACCACAUCCCACCUAAUCACUCCAAUCACUCCAAUCGAGGCGAUUCUUGUUCCUUCGCUGGGCGAUUUUACCAUCUUCUUCACCCAUCGUCGCCGAUCCAUUCCCCACCCACCACCACCUGUGCUAGAUCUUUCCCCCACCGCCGCUGGUUUCGUUCUCUCUCUCUGCUACACUUGCCCCCGCCUCCAGUCUUGAGUCGCCGCAAACCUCCCACCUCCGCAUCUCACUCAAAUGGCUCCCUGACCACCUCAUUUGUUAUGACCGGCGGCAAUCAAAAGGGUUUCCCCAAUCAGCUCUCCCUAUCUCACCCUGCUUUCUUCCCCGGAAGUUGCUUUCAGUUUGGGCUAAGCAGAAUAGGCAGAUUUGCUUGCAGUUGGGAGGAUUUGCUUUGUCUCUCGUUCAAUUUCACUUCGAAAAGCAAAAAAGGCAGAUUCGCUUGCAAUUGGGAGGAAGAGAUAUGGUCGGCGAUGGCGAAUUCUGAACUAACUGCAGCUGCUUCUUCAUUGACAGAGACCCACCCACCAGCUGCUUCUUCGAUUGACAGAGGAACCCCCGAGCCAGUCCCCUUCUCCGCAAUCUUCUCCGUCGCUCGAAAUCAGGCUAGAAGCGGAAAAUGGAAGGGGCAAAUUGACGGGAUGAAGAUAUGAGGAUAUGUGGCUGAAAAUCAUUUUAAUUGUAAAUUUCAAUUGUUAAAAUUUUUAUUUUUUAAUUUGUAUCUUGUAUUUUAAUUGUUAAUUUUUAUUUUAAAAUAACAACCUGAUGUGGCAGCAGACGUGGCGCUUACGUGGCUGCCACAUAUGUCCCAUGUAAUCAACAGUCAACAUUUUA